UGCUGGAACAUGCGUACAACUGGAGUCAUGUUGACAAGAACGUGAAAAGUACUUUACAGUUAAUUUGUAGGUUAUAAUAUCGGCAUCCACAUAUUUAUUUUCUCUGAACAGCUUCAAGUGAUUAAUUUAAAUCAGAAUAUCAAUGUCUGGAAACAUUUUGAACGGCUAUAUUUGUAAUCUUGCGACAUUCUGUUGUGUUUUAGGAAUCUCUUUAAACUUAAUUUUCGAAGGAGUGAGAAUAACAAAUUAAAAUGAGUUUACCAGUUUGAGAGUAAGUUAUUUAACAAAAAUCACUGCGCGUGGUGUUCUGUAACGUAAAAUUUUGAGUCCAGAUGUGUUUUGUCAGUCCAUUACCCCGCGACGAAGCGGACCUUGAAGUUAAUACAGCUGCCAAUUUCCCUUGGGGAGAUUAAAUUGCGUGUGGGCCUUACGAAUUAAAUAAAUAACACAGCAUUUGCACAGCCAUCGUACUAUUGUAAGUGACUCUGUAGCAGAUGCAUCGUUCACCUCCUAAUCUCUGACUGAGUCGCAUUGGAUAACACUAAAAGAGUCUGCUGAAUGAUUAAUUCAUAAUAAUAAUAACUGCGAAUUAGCUUGUGUUUAAGUAUUAGGAAUCGCCUUAAUUUUUUCUUGUCUUGGUGUAUUUUUGUUUAUUUAUUUGUUUAUUUUUUUACUUACCUGGAUUUCAAAGUCUUCACAUAAGUUACAGUUAAACACAAUUACAAGUUGCUUCCACAAUGUGUUUCCUAUGCAUUUUUUGGAGGAAUAAAUAUGCUUCACCACACCCCCUCUUCUAUGUGGGAUUGUACCUCUAUUAAUAGACUGUCAGUUUGAAAUGCAUGCACCCACUGCAAGCUAGGCAUUGCCGCUGUUAUCGACGAGCAAAUCAUAGAGCUGAAAUAAUAAUCAAUCUAGAGGAAUAUUAAUGCAUUUUGAAGUGUAAUAGGAAUAACUCAAAUUGGAGACUACGUUAGAUACGCCGCAGUCGAAACAUCUCAUUUCGAGUUCACAAGGUAAAUUUCUUUAUGCUCGCUGGGUCCUGUUGUGAAUUCAAGUUGAUUUGAGAAUGGGCUGUGCAGUAUCGGGACUGGGUCUAGCCUCUAAACCGUCAAAAGAUCCGAAUGAAGAGGAAGCUUCUGCUCCGACUUUAACGGAUCACCAGAUCGAACUGAUCAAAGAAUCGUGGAAACUGAUCCAAGAGGACAUCGCCAAAGUUGGCAUCAUUAUGUUUGUAAGGUUGUUUGAGACACACCCAGAAUGUAAAGACGUCUUCUUCCUCUUCAGAGAUGUUGAUGAUCUUCAGAGGCUGAGGACGAGCAAAGAGCUCAGGGCUCAUGGGCUGAGAGUGAUGUCUUUCAUUGAGAAGAGCGUGGCCAGGAUUGACCAGACGGAGCGUCUUGUGCAGCUGGCCAUGGAGCUGGGGAAAAGCCACUACCGAUACAACGCUCCCCCAAAAUAUUAUGGGUAUGUGGGGACAGAGUUUAUCUGUGCUGUUCAACCAAUUCUAAAGGAGAAGUGGACCCCAGAGGUGGGGGAGGCUUGGAAGGCCUUGUUCACAUAUGUGACUAGAAUCAUGAAGCAAGGUUACCAGGAGGAGGAAAGAAACAAACAAACCAACGCCGUCGCCUCCAAUAAAGAGCGGCUUGAGAAAAGACCCAACGCCUUUUAGCCAACAGAACUGUACAGUGCCUUGCUAGAAGGGUGCCUGUGGAGACCACUUACAGUAUUUGCAAGGAAGUUUCAACUAGUCAACUCUACAGAACAUAUCAUGAAGCUGAACUAUUUGUCACAUUAUUUUUAGUAGACAUUUGAGCAGGAAAAACAAAUACUUUGUGUUUGCAAAGGUGCUUAAGUAACAGCUGCAUUCAGUUUAUAAUGCUCUUAUAUACAGUACAGGGUGCUUUAAAAACAGCAAUAGGAACAUUAUUACAGAAUAUUUCAGUUUCAGGUUUACAAGUAGACAUGAUGGACAGCAGUGCUUUUUGGCAUAGACCUGUUAUUUGUCAUGGAAGGUCUCUGCUGCAGUAUACACAUUUUCCCAUACCUUGCACACUAGAACACUGUGGUUAUCCCGUUAAUACAAGUCAGUGGUUUAGUUCCCUGGAUCUAGCUGUGCUGAUCCCAGGAAGUCUACUUGUAAACCUGUUACAAAAUGAGGGUUAGUUACUAUGAAUUUAACACACGUGAUUACAAGCAGGGUUUACAUAUUGAUGGACAGUAUGGAAGCACUUGCAGUCUCUCAGAAUGCCAAUUUACAAGCUGGUCCUGGUGAAUAGGACACAAAUGUAAAAUUGUUCUUCCUUCAGGAAGAUCUGUAUUUUGUGUUUGAGUAAUAUUUCAGUCAGGUGUCUUGGAGACAGAUUUAGGUUUUUUGCUUUUGGUGUUUUCUAGGAGUAGAAAAUAAAUGCUUGCAUCUUUUACUGGCGCAAAUACAGCUCUUUAAAAUACAACUGAAAUAACAUCAAGGCAUAGAGAUGAGCUAAACAGUGUAUUUAUAAUGUAGAAUACAUUAGCUGGCUUUCAUAAAUGUUAUUUUUUUUAAUUGUAUAUUGUUUUUUUAGUUUCUUAUUAACAUAACAGAUAAUAAGCUGUAUUGUAAUUAGUAUAAUACAAUACAGAUAUAUUUCAAACACAAAUAUGGAUGUAACAGUAACAAUACAGUAAGAAAUGGGUUUUAUUUAAACAUUUUUCUAAUGAAGCUAUUCUAACCUCUGCGUGUCCUCUACUCACUGAGACUAAGCUGACAUUAUGAUAUAUUUCCAGGAGGGGUAGCCAAAUGACCCAGUAAAAUAUAGAUUGUAAUGCUUAAUGUUUACAGUAACCAUUGACAUUACUGGUAAGGUUACUUUUCAUGACCUUAUAAUUCAUAAAACCUUGAUAAAAAAGGUUUUUCAGUCUAUGAAAACACAAUAUGACAAAUUAUAUAUUUACUUCAUACAUGGGCCUGCUCAACAGCAUCCUGCGUGAUGCAUGGUAAUCACACUGAAAUACCAUUCUUUAAAAUAUCAAUAAUACAAACAUUAUGUAGGAUUCUAUUUAUCACUCUUCCUUUUCAGUCAAAGCAUUUUGUCUUGCUUGGUUUUGGUGCUCGGUGCUGAAAAUGAGGUUGAGGAAGAGGAGGUCAACUUGCAGCAAAGCGCUGACAAAGAGAGGUAGGUUUAAAUGUACCUGACCUGAAUACUAUUGAUACUGUAGCUGCCACCAACGUGUCUAUGUGAUUUCUGGUAAUAACUACAAGGAUUUUCAAUCAGUGAUCACAUUGCAGGAGUAUUUCAAGUUUCCCACCUGACACUUUAUAUUACAUUCAGGUGAUAUAGGGAUGAUCCCCAGUUACUGUUGUACUAGCUUACACCCAACAUGAACUGUGUUCUCCAGUUCAUUGCAAUUGACCCUGUAAAACCAUUUUUACUUUCAACUCAUCCUAUACUAAAUUAAGCAAGACCAUAGGAUACUACAGCUUCCUUAAUGUCCUUUUAAUUUCAUAAAACGCAGAAUAGGACACAUGACAUCCAGUGGAUUCUCAAUGCAUUUUUGUCUUUCUGAAAUGGCUGAAAAUAACUUUGACAAG